AUGCGCGUGUCACGCAAGUCUAAAGGCACGCGCCUUGAAUACGUCCUUUUCCUUUAUUGUUUAGAUCAGCCAAUCAGAACGCGGGGUGCAAACGCGUGCCACUAUCCCUCUAUAAGUACUGGUCGCGUGUCGGCAGGAAACUCACUCACAACUUAUUUCGCUCUGCUCGAGCCACUACUACUUCAAACACAGCUACGUCCUACUUUAAUAAACACCAAGAUGGUGAAUGAAGGCAAAUCUCUGUCCGAAGCUCUGCUGUCUGCCAAGGCGGAGGGGCGUCUCACUGUUGGCGUCUAUGAAUGCGCAAAAAUAAUGAACGAGGACCCUGAUAGUGUGUCUUUCUGCCUGUUGGCCACUGAUGACUUUGAGUGCGACAUCGCUCUCCAGAUCCAUUUUACUCUGAUCCAAGCGUUUUGCUUUGACAACGACAUCAGCAUCGUCAGAGUAAACGACCUGAAACGUCUCAGUGCUCUUGUUGGUACCAAGGGUCAACUCGAGGAUGCGCAUUGUGUCCUUAUAACGAACCCAGCUGAGGACUCCUGGCAGGAUCCAUCUUUGGAGAAGCUUCACCUGUUCUGUGAAGAAAGUCGCAGCUAUAACGAGUGGGUUCCUGAGAUCACUCUGCCCGAGCGUUGAUCUGGAGCUUUACUCUUCUCUGUUGAGAUGCUGUAAACCUUGAGGAAUACUCGACUCAUCCUUCGAAGCAAGGAUGCUGAUGUUUCCACAUCCCUGGAUGCUCCUGAGGAGGCUGAACCGUCCAGGCAGCGCGAGGCAGGCCCGAGUGGCCCUCGCGGUUCUACGUCGUUCCUCGCCCCAUCCAUGCCAAGAUGAUCCUCAUUCUUUAUGUGAAUGAGGUCAGGUAUGCCACGAGAGCGACACAAUGGCCCUCAUUCUUUGUGCGGAUGAGGUUUGGAGAGGAAGGAGAAGCGAGUUUUGCCUCUGUUCCACAGAGCAAAUAUCGCAUGCGUUGGACACGCAGAGGACGCGGCGGUGCGUUGAAGCAGCGUUUUUAAAAAUGGACUUCAACAUCUCGGACAUUUUUAAAAAUGGAAUUGCCGUACAAUAUGACGUACCUUAUUGUCGGGCAAUGUGCUUUCCACUUUCCAGAAUUGUCUUAUUCUCUAAAGGUUUCACUUUAGAAAUAUUAAUAUGACAUAAAAGGGGGAAAAAAUUAAGAAAAAAAAAACUGUAAAAAUCUCUAAAGGUUUAACUUUAGAAAAAUGUGACAAAAAAUGAAGACAAAAUAUUUAAAUAUGUUCUUAAAUAAAUGGAAAUGGAAAAAUAUUGUAAAAACAAUUGAUUAGGAUUUUUUUCACUUUAGACCUUUUGUAGGAGACAAACAUGAAUAAAAAACUGUUUAAAUUAAACUU